AUGCUGAACUUCUAUCUUCUCUUCAUCGUACUUCACGUGUCUGAAGGAUGCUUUCUGACAAAAAGUGGAAUCACCGCUCAUAAAGGAGAGUCAGUACUGCUGCCCUGUUCCUGCACUGAUCUACACUCCACACCUGAUACUUUCAGCUGGAGUAAACUCAAAAACAGAUACACAUGGGAGGAGAUAUCCAGUGAGAGUGAUCAGUACAGAAACAGAGUUCAGCUGUUUAAUAAUCUCUCUCCAGCUAAUCUCUCUCUACUCAUAUCACACCUGACUGAAGAGGAUGAUGGAGUGUACAGGUGUGCUGUUAAACAUGGUGAAUAUACAGACAUCAGGCUCACUGUUAAAGUCUGCACUCUGGUAAACAGAGAAAAAGAACUGACUAUCCCAGCACGUGAAGGUGAAUCCGUACUGCUGCCCUGCUCCUGCACCGACCGCAUCGCAUCUGAGGAAUUCACCUGGAAGAAGCUAAACACAAACCGCUACACUUGGGAGGAUAUAUCCAAUGAGAGUGAUCAGUACAGAAACAGAGUUCAGCUGUUUAAUAAUCUCUCUCCAGCUAAUCUCUCUCUACUUAUAUCACACCUGACUGAAGAGGAUGAUGGCGAGUACAGAUGUGAUGCUAAAGGAAGUGGAUACAUCAAGAUCAGACUCAUUGUUAGAGGUAGGCCCUAUACUGUUACAAAUAAUAUUCAUACAUUUCUCGAUUAA